AUGACUCUUCUGGAGCAGACUACUCAGACCUCCACUCAAUUGAUUUCGACCGGCUGCAAGGAGGAACCAAAGGCGGAAGCCACAAAUGACGAUUUUGCUCAAAUUGCCAACUUUACUGCGAGCGAAAAUGCUGACAAAGAUAAUGAAAAGAAGCAACUGCCAGCAGCCGUCAACAGCAACCUGGUUCGAGCAGCAGCCGUGCCCGACAUUGUCAGCCACUUCAAUCAGGAGGAUAAGGAGCACUUGAAAGCGGCAGAACAAACAACUCAGCAGCCGAAUACCCCAGAGAAAUGCAGUCCAACUGUUGGGAAAUCAGCGCAAGUCGCAUCACUACCACCACCACCGGCACCGUCAACUCCAUCAACAGUUGGCCAGGGCACUGUUGGCCAGAACGUCGCACCCAAGUUCAGCCUGAUGGAGUCACCACCUGAAGGCAUUUCAGAGCGGCCAAUUGACGUGGGCUGGGUCGGCGGCUGGGCCACUGACUUUGACGUCCUCCUCGCUGAUCCAAUCGGAGUGAAGGCCUUCAAGGACUUUUUGUCUCGAGAGUUCAGCGCCGAAAACCUCUCCUUCUACCUGGCGUGUCGUCGGCUGACCGAGCAGAGUGGCACUUCACUGUCCGCCUCCAUUGAGCACAUCUACACGACCUACCUGUCUCCCGGCGCCACUGAUCCGGUCAAUGUGGACAGUGCGGCCCGAAAGCAGAUUGACGCUGCCUUUGCCAGCGGACAGAGGGACUGCAAGAUGUUUGCACCUUCAGAGAAACAGAUUUACAACCUGAUGAAGUUUGACAGCUAUCCACGAUUCCUCCGCUCCGACAUCUUUGCUGAGUGUGCCAGUGCUGAGCAGUCAGGGCGACCUCUGCCCUAUGAGGAGCGAGCAGCCACCGGCAAGCAGAGCAGCCAAUCCAUUGAUCUAGGCUUGGGAGAGGACAGCAAACAGCUGCACAACAACAACAUCAAAUCGAAGCGUCGCUCCUUUCUGCCCUGGGCACGCAUCAAGUCGUCGCUGGCGAACGCCAAGGCCGCCAGCAUCUCCUCGAUGCCCGCAAAGGAGGCCUUCACCGCGGCCACCUUCCGCCGGCCGAUGAUGCGCAAACUGACGAACAGUAUUGGCAUGAAGAUGCGCUCCAAGUCGCUGGACGAGCACCUGCACAACUCGGUGGCCGCACAGCAGCGGCACUUCUCCUCCGUGGGCUGCAGCACCAGCGGCGGCGGAGGUGGCAGCAGCGGCAAGUCCUCCACCAGCAGUGCCUCUGCGGCCAUCAGCAGUGGCCACCACCAAAAGCAACAACAACAUCACCAUCAGCAUCACCACCACCGACCAUCGAAGCGAUCACUUACGCUGGCUGAGUCUCAGCCUCAUGACUCACCGCCGCUUUCCGAAUCGCUUGACCUCGAUCCAGUCUUCUCCCCACUGCCGGAGACAUCUGGUACAGUGGUGGCCACUUCCACUACCGGCGACGGCGAGAGCGUCUUUUCACAGCUCACUUCACCGGCAUCUGUCAACUAUGCAAAUGAAGCAGCAGCCUCUACGCCAGCAGUUUCAUCAUCUUCGUCGUCGUCGUCAUCGUCGUCUUCUUUAUCUUCGCCUCCUUCAGCUUCAGCCUCGGCUUCAACAUCAUGCGCACCACAUUGCGCUCGAACGAACUGCCACCUUCUGCGAAUUAGCUUCCCGGAUCGCUCGCAGACGGUCGCCUACGGUACGGCGAGGGAGACUUUGGAGUCACUCAUUACACGGCUGCUGCAAAAGCGGCACUUGGACUUUUCCGCCUUUGACGUCUUUAAAACGGGCGAGAAUGUGCCACUGGACACCUCCCUGCAGACGACCAGCCUGGGCUGCAGUGAACUGCGAAUCGAGCAGCGUGUCCUCUUCCAAUUGGAACUGCCCUCUGAGGAUGAGGUGAUUGGCGUCAAGUCGCGACCUGGUNAAAUGUG